UGUGCCUAGCCCUGUUUUUGGUGCUGGGGCUGCCCCCUUAAACUUGGGGCUCAGUUUAAAACCCACUAGCUUCUUUUUGAAGUUGUUCUCUGAUCCCUGCCCUUUCCAGUCCACUCACAGCCCCAAAUCUCCAGGAAUCUGUACAGAAGGCACGGAACCAGGCCCCUCCGUGUGGAGGGCGAGAUCUCAACUCGGGCAUCUCGUCCUCCGAAAAGAAGACUUCCCUGGGCCCCCAGAAUGGCAGUUCUCCUAGUCCCUUCGAUCCAUCAGAGCCCUGACGCGCAGGGUAGUCACUGGUGACAUCUUGGUCUACUGUGGUAACACACUGAAUCCCUGUCUAAAGCAAAUCAGUUUUCUAAGGCCACGGUUUUCUCCCUCCACAUCUGCAAAUUGUCCUGGUCCUCACCACCUAUCUCGUGCUAGCCAGGGGAUGGGUGUGAUGACAGAGCAAAGACAAAGCUUAGUAAAUAUCUGAAAUAAUGAAGAAAGAAAAGGAUAGACUGAGACCUAAACUAGAACACAAAUAAACCCUUUGAAGCCCCGAAGGCUGUCUCAUUCAACUAACAAUUCAUCCACCCUAAAAAUUAAGCGUGCCGGGCUCUGGAGCUCCAACAGUGAACAGGUUGAACAAUGGUUCAUUCCCCCUCCUGAUACUGCAAUUUCCCAGGAGCUUACAGUGGGUUGGGUUGAAGGGUGCGGAACACAAGGUCCCCUCUAACCCAAGCGCCCUUUUUCUUCCUGGCUGCGGAGAGAGGCACGCAUGCGCAUAGGAAGGUCCGUCUUUGGCCCGGAACUUUGGUUCCGGGAGCAGCGGCGCAUCAGGACCCGGUAGUGUGCUCAGCCGGAAGUGGCCGCUGAGGGCAUGGGGUUGACUCUUUUGUGCUGAGCCUACCGUGGCGGCUAAAUAAGCGUGAAAAAUUAGGAUGGAAGCUGUGGCGACUGCGGCGGCAACUAGGGAACCCGAUGAAGGCUGCACGGGUCCCGGUCCUAGACACUGGGGAGAGCUGAGCUGGGUGCCGGUUCCGUCCAGACCCCUGGACAAGGAGGCGGCAGCGGAAGGAGAGCCAGGGGCCCUGGAUGACGACUCCUCUGGGGCCGAGAACACGGAAGUGAGCGCUAUGCUGCGUGCCGUGGCUGCCAGCCGCCUGCCCGUGUGCAGCCAGCAGCAGGGAGAGCCUGACCUGACCGAGCAGGAGAAGGUGGCCAUCCUGGGCCAACUCUACCACGAGAAGCCACUGGUGUUCCUGGAGCGUUUCCGCACGGGCCUCCGCGAAGAACACCUGCCCUGCUUUGACCAUUUGCGUGGUGACCAUCGUGCAGACUUCUACUGUGCCGAGGUGGCCCGGCAGGGCACUGCCCGACCCCGCACCCUGCGCACCCGCCUGCGUAACCGGCGCUAUGCUGCCCUGCGUGAGCUUAUCCAAGUACGGUCACUCACACACAGACACCAUCACCCUACACCCUGCCUCCUCCGUGCAGGGGGCGAGUACUUCAGCGAUGAGCAGAUGCGGUUCCGGGCCCCGCUGCUGUACGAGCAGUACAUCGGGCAGUACCUCACCCAGGAGGAGCUCAGCGCCCGCACCCCGGCCCACCAGCCGCCCAAGCCCGGCUCCCAUGGCACGCCCGCUUGCCCACUGUCUGACCUGCUGCUCCAGUCCUACCAGGAGCGGGAGCUGCAGCAACGGCUGCUCCAGCAGCAGGAGGAGGAAGAGGCCUGCCUGGAGGAGGAGGAGGAGGUGGAGGACAGUGACCAGGAAGACCAGAGCUCCGGCCAAGACUCCGAGGCCUGGGUCCCUGACUCAGAAGAGAGGCUGAUCUUGCGGGAGGAGUUCACCAGCCGGAUGCACCAGCGCUUCCUGGACGGCAAGGACGGGGACUUUGACUACAGCGCAGUGGACGAUAACCCCGACUUUGACAAUCUGGACAUUGUGGCCCGAGAUGAGGAGGAGAGGUACUUCGAUGAGGAGGAGCCUGAGGAUGCACCCAGCCCGGAGCCGGACGGGGACUGAGGGCCCAGCCACCCUCCCUGCCCCGGCCCACGGAGGCAGCUGAUGGGCGGCUGGCUCAGAGACUUUCUUCGGGGGCCCCAUGCAGCCGCCACAGCGCUGGCCCCUCGGGGUCUGGGCCCGUCGAAGGCUGCCACUCGACCUGUGUCUGCAGUCCCCUGCCUGCCCCCCGAGUCCAGCCCCGGCUCCCUGUCCCCACCGCUGUCUCUUAGUUUCCUUCCCUGUCCUUUGGUCACUGUCUCCUGCCUUUCUGUGUCCUGCUGUCCGAGCCCCCCUUUCUCCACCUUGUUCUCUUCCGUCUCCCCUUUCCUCUGUGCCUGGGCCUCGUCCCCGAUGCAGGGCGAAGGUCCUUCCCUCACGAGGCAGCAGGGCUCUUUCUGGCUGCAGCCGGCCAGGCUGACACCAGUCCCCAGCUUGGGGUUGGGCUGGCCUCUGGGCCCCAGAGCAGCUCGCUGUCUCCCCUCCCGCCCCCUGCCUUGCUGCUUUACCUGUCCCGUUUGUGCUGAGCUCUCCCGGCCUCUUACGUUCCCUUCUGCCCUUCAGCCUCGUGGGCCUGUGGCUGUCCCUGCCAGUGCAUCUCCAACUCCCAGCCCCUGUGCCGUCUUGGUCUCUCACCCUUCUCACUCUGGGUUUCAGUGUCAUCCUUGUUGUGCCCCUUGAGUGGGACCUCCCUGCAGACAGGGGGGGAGACCAGAGGUGGCCACAGGUGUCACCUCUCCAUCGGGACCUUGGCCCGGGAGGAGUGGGCAGGGCAGCACCGGGCAUCUGGGGCCUGCCAAGCUGAGGUGUGGGGGGAGGGGUGUGGGGGAGGGGAGCUCGCCCCUCCCCACCCACGGCCCCCCUCUGCCCAGCCACAGUUUUCCCUUCGUUCACUUCCUUCGCCUCCCUCUCCCUCUCCUGUUUACACUCUCCAAAUACUCACAGGCUGUUAUCAUGGGUCCUGAGUCAUCCCACACACACAGGCUGCCCCUCGUCUCUGCCCCCAGCCAGCCACAGGGCCCGCCCCACAGAGCCCCCUGCCUCCCCAGGCUAAUGAGAGCCAGAUGGCCGCCUGGUGACUCAGCCACUGGCCUGUGGGAACCCAGGCGUCCCGCCUUCCCAUGCCCCCACACCCAGCUCGUGCUCCCCUAGUAGACACACGGAAAAGGACUGUCUGCGGGAUGGCAUGGCCAAGGGUCAGGAAGGCAGGGUCUGGGGACUUGGACCUGGGCAUGGCAGCAUCAGUGUCCUUCCGAGGCCAAGCCUGAGGGGCCUCCAAGUUGCCUCCGAGCACCAGGUCCAGAGUAAGCAGAGACCCCAAGGUAUGCUGGGGCCAUGGCUGUUGACCCCUGGGUCUCAGCUCUGUCUCUAGGUCAACCAGAAUUCGAGCCAGACACAGAAAGUCAAAGCCAGAAGGGGCCGAGGGACACUCAGGCUGUUCAGUGAGACUUCAAGAAAAGGAAAGGUGUGUUUUCUGGGCAGUUUUACUUUGUGCCAGGCUCCCGCAAGGUACCUGAGGCUGCACCGAGUACCCCAGACGUCCCUCGAAACUAGGGACUCAGCUCGUGGAGGGGACUGGUCAUCGGCGAUGGAAAUGCAGCUCUAGAGCCACAAGAGUCCGAGAGAGCUCUCUGGGGCCUGCCUGCCGGCUGCCAGGCCCCGCAGGGUGGGCAGGUGACAGACGUCCUCAGACGGGGAGGUGGAGGCUAGCUGCGGGGGUGGCGGCAGCUGACGUCUGGGGGCCCUCCUCUGGCACCAGGCCAUCUUCCACGCAGACGUGAGGGAGCCGUCCUGGUGGAGAAGGCAGUGCUUGAGGCACGGACGUCACAGGGUCCUGUGGGCUGCGUGCUGUCGCUGCCGCUGCCCCACCUCCCAGAGGAGGCUCAGCGGGCACUCCGGCUGUGAGCGGUCCCUGUCACGGGCGUCUGUGCACACUUCUCACCAGUCUAUCAUCCGGUCAUUAAAUUUGUGAUAUACUUUGCCAUACA